UAUCCCUCCCUGUGCUGAUAGGUGGCGUGUGUUUCUCUCUCUCUCUCGAAAAGAAAAGGAGGAAAACAGUGUGAUCGAGGCGUGCGAGCGCAGGUUUGAGUCCUGGAGUGUGUGAGAGGAUCAGUCAGGAAUAACGCGCCUCUGUUUCUCAGGCUUUAUUCUGGACCCAGACACUAUAACACACACAACACACACUCCUGCGGCCGAGAGCACAAGAGGGAGCGGUUCACCCUGUGUCUGAGUCCAUGCAGACCGCCUGAUCCACGCGCGGCAAUGCGGGAGCUGAUCAUGGCGGAGGGCCCUCGGUGCAAGAGGAGGAAACAAGCCAACCCGCGGAGGAAACACGCAGCAGUGUUGAACUUUGAGAACGUUGUAGAAUCGGGAUCGGAGACGGAAGAAGAAGACAGACUCCUGGUGUCGGAGGAGGGGAGUCCCAUCAGCCCUGUCAAUCAUGAGCCCGUGGCCCCGCUCUCCCCGACCCUGGGACACGCCCUCCUGAGCAAGACCAUGGAUGAUGAAGAUGAUAUGAAGGACAGCGGAAUAGAGAACCUUUGGAACGAAAACGACUUGCUGAGUGCGUCAGUCGACGGAACCGAUGAACUGAAGGGAGAUUAUGACACGAUGGGACCCGACGCCGGUUUGCAGCCAGUUGGGAACGGUGCAGUGAAGAGCGUCCACUGCGCCGCUGAGUUCGAGGACUUCUUCGGGAAGCGUAAACUGGUGGACAGUGAAAGUCAUGUGGUCAGCAUUGCCGAAUACCUCCAGAGAGGAGACACAGCCAUCAUCUACCCCGAGGCUCCCGAGGAACUGUCCCGCUCCCGGCUCGCCACGCCCGAAGCCCAGGGCCACGAGGAGAACGACCUGCCACCUGGAACUCCAGAUGCUUUCGCCCAACUGUUGACCUGCCCCUACUGCGACCGGGGCUACAAACGCUUGACUUCCCUAAAGGAACACAUCAAGUACCGGCACGAGAAAAACGAGGAGAACUUCGCCUGCCCUCUGUGUAGCUACACGUUUGCUUACCGCACUCAGCUGGAGAGACAUAUGGCCACACACAAGCCAGGCCGAGAUCAGCACCAGAUUCUCAACCAGGGCUCUGGCAACCGCAAGUUCAAAUGCACUGAAUGUGGCAAGGCCUUCAAAUACAAACACCAUCUAAAGGAGCACCUGCGGAUACACAGUGGUGAGAAGCCAUACGAAUGUCCCAACUGCAAGAAACGAUUCUCACACUCCGGAUCGUACAGUUCACACAUAAGCAGCAAGAAAUGCAUCGGACUGAUCGCCAUCAACGGCAGAGUGAGGAACAACCUGAAGACGGGUUCAUCUCCAACCUCUGCGUCUUGCUCCCCUACGAACACUGCCAUUUCACAGCUACGACACAAACUGGAGAACGGCAAACCGCUCGGCCUGCAAGACCAGUCCAACCACCUCAACAUCAAAUCUGAACCACUGGACUUCAACGACUAUAAGCUGAUGAUGGCCUCUCACGGCUACGGUACGGGCAGCCCGUUCCUGAACGGGGCUAUGAGGGGAGGCAGUCCACUGGGAUUUCACAACUCCCAGAGUCCCCUUCAACACCUGGGCAUGAGUAUGGAGGCACAAAUGCUGGGAUACCCAUCUCUGGGAAACAACCUGAGCGAGGUACAGAAAGUCCUGCAGAUCGUGGACAACACAGUGUGUCGACAAAAGAUGGACUGCAAGCCAGAGGAGAUCUCCAAGUUGAAGGCCUACAUGAAGGAGUUGGGUUCCCACAUAGAGGAACAGAAGCAAGGACUCGCCGCUCACGGUGGACCCCAAAACGCUCUUCCACUCAUCAGCCACAACGGAGCCACCAAGAGCAUCAUAGACUACACGCUUGAGAAGGUCAACGAAGCCAAAGCCUGCCUCCAGAGCUUGACUAACGACUCUAAGAGGCAAAUUAGCAAUAUCAAGAAAGAGAAGGCCAAUCAUAUGCUAGAUUUAGGUAUAGAGGACAAGUCGCAUGAGAAUAACAAUCUAAUGUUUACACCGUUUUCCUGCCAGUAUUGCAAGGAGACCUUUCCUGGUCCCAUUCCCCUGCACCAGCAUGAGCGCUACCUUUGUAAGAUGAAUGAGGAAAUAAAAGCAGUGCUUCAGCCCGCUCAGAACGCCACGACCAACAAACCCGGCUAUUUUGCUGAGAAGCAUGGCCUUUUGCACCACGACAAGGUCAUGAACGGCCCGGUCAGUCCCUACAAGGACCACGUGUCAGUGCUGAAAGCUUAUUUCGCCAUGAACAUGGAGCCCAACUCGGACGAACUACUGAAAAUCUCCAUAGCGGUCGGCCUUCCGCAGGAGUUCGUGAAAGAGUGGUUUGAGCAAAGGAAAGUCUUUCAGUACACUAACUCCAGGACUCCUCCUUUAGAUAGGAACCACGUGGAGUCUGGUCACCUGGUGACCUCCGCUCACACGCCCACGAAAGACUCUUUAGGAAUCCGCUCUCCGAUGUCCCUGGUCAAAGGCGCUGACCGUAUCACGUCCCCCUCCAUCCCCGAGCUUCACAACAACUGCGACACCCCACUCAGGCUCUCGAAAUCCUCCCAGUUCUCCAACCACAAGCAUCUGGGGGGUAAGCUGGACCACUCCAGGAGCAACACUCCAUCGCCUCUUAACUUGUCGUCCGCCUCCUCCAAAAACUCCCACACUAGCUCUUACACGCCCAACAGCUUCACCUCCGAGGACCUGCAGGCCGAGCCUCUCGACCUCUCCUUGCCGAAGCUCAUGAAGGAGCCAAAGCACAUCUUGACUGUGAAAAGCUGGCCCAAGCCGAGCAUCACCCCGACGGACCACAACCACGUCAUGACGCCCCGCGAACACGCGGACGAGCCGCUCAACCUGGCGUAUCUGUCUAAGAAGGAGUUUGGCAGCCCUAACGCACACAGCAAUCUGGACAAAAGCUCGAGCCCCAUGUUCGGUUUGAACCCCUUCGCUGGGAAACCCCUGUACAGCUCUUUGCCUCCCCAAAGCGGGUUCCCACCGCCUACGUUCAUGCCGCCGGUGCAAGCCAGUCUCCCAGGCCUGAGACCCUACCCCAGUCUCGACCAGAUCAGCUUCUUGCCGCACAUGGCCUACACGUACGCAGCCGGAGCGGCCAGCUUUGCAGAGAUGCAGCAGAGGAGAAAAUACCAGCGGAAGCCAGGAUUCCAGAGCGAGCUCCUCGACGGGCCGGCAGAUUAUCUGAGCAGUCUCGACGACAUGGCCGACCCCGAGGCCUGUCUGUCCAGGAAGAAGAUUAAGAAAACAGAAAGUGGUAUGUACGCGUGUGACCUUUGCGACAAAACAUUCCAGAAGAGCAGUUCCCUCCUCAGACACAAAUAUGAACACACAGGUAAGCGGCCGCACCAGUGCCAGAUCUGCAAGAAAGCCUUCAAACACAAACACCACCUGAUCGAACACAGCCGCCUGCACUCGGGGGAGAAGCCGUACCAGUGCGACAAGUGCGGCAAGCGCUUCUCCCACUCGGGCUCGUACUCGCAGCACAUGAACCACCGCUACUCCUACUGCAAGCGGGAGGCGGAGGAGCGCGAGGCGGCCGAGCGCGAGGCGCGGGAGAAGGGCCUCAUGGAGCCCACCGAGCUCCUCCUGAACCGGGCCUUCCUGCAGGGCAUCCCGCCUGGAUACCCGGACCACCCGGAGCGCGAGCCCAUCCUGCGGGACGGGAGCCAGCCGUUCGGGAAGAGGAGCCGGCGGGACGACGAGUUCGAGGAGGAGGAGGAGGAGAGCGAGAACAAGAGCAUGGACACGGACGCCGACACCAUGCGGGACGAGGAGGAGAACGGCGAGCACUCGUUGGACGACAGCUCCGUCGACGGGAAGAACGAGUCCAAGUCGGAUCACGAGGACGGCGUGUAGCUCCCAACACACACACACACACACAGGUCACGCUAACUCAACAUUCGGAGAAAUGAUCCGUCAAAUAACGUUCAUCCAAACAGAAAUCCCGAUCCCCUGGCGGAUCAUUUAAACAACGACGCUCUUCGUUUAGAUUUAUUCACACGGAAAACCAGAGCUUUAGUAAAUGCUUCUUGAUUUAAGAUUUUCUUUAUAUUUGGACUGGACACACACACACACACACACACACUGAGUGAGAAAGCAUUGUUUGCAGGGAUGCAUAUGCAAAAAUGAAGAAGUAAAAAAAAAUAAAUGAAGUUUUAAAAUUGUACAGUAUUAAGGCCUAAAAUAUGUGUGGUGCUACCAUCCUAAAAUCACGUGUUCCAUAGUGUUUAUAGCACAAACUAGAAACUUGUACAAAGAAAAGAAAAAAUUGCACUCUUGCUCCUAUAAUCACUACGAGAACCGAGAAUUAUUCCCUUGUAUAUUUAUACAGUGUUAAAAACGAGAUCAGUAUUUAACGUGUUUCCACACACACACACACACACGUUUAGGCCUGACUCGUGUGAAGGACCGUAACAGUGUUCACACACACACACACACUCCCGUUUGUUCGUGUUGUUUGGAGAGAGCGAAGCCUUCGGACGGUUGUUGCCUUAUAUGCAAACCUGUAAUUCAGUGUGUUACUAAAGUGCCAACCAUGUUCAGUAUUAGAGGAGUACACACACACUCUCACACACUCUCUCUCUCUCUCCGAAUCAGACGUUCGCUCUUUUCUUUACAACGACCUUUGUGCAAUUUCAAUCUCAGUAUUACAACCAAACCGACAGAGUCGCAUCUUUUAUUUGUAGGAUUGAGAACAUUAUUUAUGUGGCCCGUUUUGUAUCUCCUGAUUUUAUUUAUUUGAUACUGUACAGUACAGUAUUAUAGUUCUCGAUAAAUAGAUCUAUUUUAGUAAAAUGGAACCUGGAGUUGUUGAUGAGAGCAUUUAUUGUGUUUUAAAACAUUAAUUGUGAAAUGCAAAUUUCAUGUUCUGUUUCGUCUUUACGUUUUGUUCUUUAUUUUCCAGUUUAUGGAAAUUCCAAAAAUUUGGGAACUUUUGAUACAAUCUUGUGAGAACACUGUAUUUCAGCUGCGGGACGGGACGAGUGACGCUUGAAAUCCCAUGUAUGAUAUAUAAUGACUGAAAACACACCAAUCUUUCCUCAAAUGUCUUUGUAAGAGUAUUAUGGACUUUUUAAUUUGUAAUUUCUCUUGGAAAUGACCAUGCUCAAAUAAAGUAGCCGAAUUCAAGACCUUUUCC